CCCUCCCUCAUUCCCCAUGUUUUUCUAUAGGCCCCCAUCAUGCUCCCUCCUCUUUCCCCCUCUUCCUCCUCCUCCCUCCUGCAGCUCAGACGCAUGAGGCAGGGAGGAAAUAGGGGCGAAAGGGACACCCAGGAAGAGAAUAGGGGUCAGAGAGAGAGACGGCCAGGGCCAGGGGGAGCAUCUGAGGGGUCACAGGGGGAGACACAGCCAAGGGAGCAUCUGAGGGGUCACAGGGGAGAGAGACAGCCAGGGGAGCAUCUGAGGGGUCACAGGGGGAGAGAGACAGCCAGGGGAGCAUCUGAGGGAGAGAGACAGCCAGGGGAGCAUCUGGGGGGUCACAGGGGGAGAGAGAGACAGCCAGGGGAGCAUCUGAGGGAGAGAGACAGCCAGGGGAGCAUCUGAGGGAGAGAGACAGCCAGGGGAGCAUCUGAGGGGUCACAGGGGAGAGAGACAGCCAGGGGAGCAUCUGGGGGGUCACAGGGGGAGAGAGAGACAGCCAGGGGAGCAUCUGAGGGAGAGAGACAGCCAGGGGAGCAUCUGAGGGGUCCCAGGGGAGAGAGACAGCCAGGGGGAGCAUCUGAGGGGUCACAGGGGGAGAGACAUCUGUAGGGUAGCCAUGGCCACCACUCCUACACCAUUGCCCCUAUUGCCAUCUUUGAGUUGCGCCGUGUGUCGCGAUGUACCAAGGGAACCCGUUACCAUGUCCUGUGGGCACUGCCUCUGCCGGGGGUGCCUGGAGCGGUCAUGGAGGGGCCAAGAGGCCUACCCAACCUGUCCAAAAUGCCGCCCUGCCCAGGUGCCAACCCCAGAUGGUGGGCAGAGGGGUCUGUGUGCCGAGCAUGGGGAGAAGAUGCAACUGUACUCCACACAGGACGGAAGACUACUGUGCCAGCGCUGCCGGGGGGCCACAGAACCGCAACCACCUCACGCUCUGAUUCCCAUACAGGAGGCUGUGGGGGGCUACAAGGAUGAGCUGAUGUCGGCCAUGGCACCACUGGAGUCUCGGCUGAAGGAGCUGCAGCAGAUGCAGUGCGCCCAGGAGCAGAUGAUCGCCCAGCACAGGGGGAACCUCCUGAGCACCAAGCACCACGUGAGCCUGGAGUUCGAGAAGCUUCACCAGUACCUGCGGGAGCGGGAGGAGCGUCUUCUGCGGGAGCUUCAGCAGGAAGGAGACCACAUCCUGGCCGAGAUGGAGGAGAGUCUGAACAAGAUCAAGCAGAACUGCCAGGGCAUCCUGCAGACCAUCAGCAGCACCCAGCCACGGCUGUACGAGCAGGACCCCGUCACCUUCCUCACGGAUAUAAAGUCGUGUAUGGACAUCUGUUACGGGGGAUACAGAGAUGGUUUUCCUGCGCAGAACGUGGUGACUCCCAGAGACUUUGGCUACGGAGGAGUGAAGGAUCUGAUCCAGUACACGGCCUGGAAGGAUAUGAAGUCUUAUAUCAGCCCCGCCUUACCGAACAUCAUCAUGGACCCCAGCACGGCCCACCUCAACCUGGUGCUUUCUGAAGACCUGACCAGUGUCCGAUAUAGUGACACCAAACAGUCUAUGCCAGAAAACCCGCGCCGAUUCGACUAUUGCUGCUGCGUCCUGGGCACCGAGGGCUUCAACUCUGGCCGCCAUUACUGGGCAGUUGACGUCGGCAACAAAACAAAGUGGAAUCUAGGGGUGGCCAAAGAGUCUGUGAACCGCAGGGGUGGCAUCACCCUGUCCCCAGAGAACGGCUUCUGGAUACUUUGGCUGAGGAACGGCCAUGAGUUCAAAGCCCUGGACGUCCCUUAUCGGACACUGACCCUGAGGAAUAAACCGCAGCGGGUGGGGAUUUACCUCGACUACGAGGGCGGCCAGCUAUCCUUCUACAACGCUGAUGACAUGUCCCACAUCUACACCUUCGUGACUUCCUUCUCCGAGACCAUCUACCCCUACUUCUGCCCCUGCCUCAACGAUUCGGGAAAGAAUGGGGGGCCGCUCAGGGUUCUUCACCACGUUCCAUGAAGAGGCAGCAGCGCCCGCAGCUGGUGGACCACUAUUGUUCACAUGUCUUAGAUGACGUCGGGGAGAUGUUGGCAUACAAGCUCCAGGCUGUACCCUUUAUUCCAUGUCCAGUUACUGCAUAGUAAAUGUACAGAGGAGACAAAUCUCCACGUUAUUACCUUUCACAUCUCAAUAAAUGUAACCGGAUGAA